AUGGCUGCGGACGUGAGCUACCCCAACAUGAACGGCCAUGGACCUAUUGCCGAUAACAUCAAGACUGAGGCAUCCCGCACCAGUCAAGAGUUGCGCGAGCUGCGAAACGCAGCAGUGACUCCCUCCACCACCGCCGCGACCGGCCAACCCCUGACCUAUUACCACUCUCUGCUGUACAGCCUCUUGAGCUGGGAGCAACCCCGAGCCACCGCCGUCUCCUUUAUCAGCGUCGUCGCUUUCAUCUUUGCCGCCCGUUAUCUUCCUCUCCUCCGAUGGUUCUUCAAGUUUAUCUAUGUGGUUCUGGGCUUCACCGCGCUCGCUGAGCUGGGUGGUCAGCUUGCCCUCAAGCAGAGCGUUGUCGGAUCUUUCCGCCCUCGCAAGUACUACACUGUCCCCAAGGAGACGGUGGAGGCUGUGUUGGAGGAUCUCGAACAGCUCGUGGAUUUUGUCCUGAUCGAGUUCCAGCGCGUUCUGUUCGCUGAGAACCUCGUUCACACCAUUGCUUCCUUCCUUGCCGCUUUCUCCGCCUACUGGUUGAUCAAGUUCCUUCCCUUCUGGGGUCUCGCCCUCAUCACUGUCACCAUUGCUUACUUGGGUCCUUUGAUCUACAUCAACAACCGUGAGGUCAUCGAUGGCCAGAUUGAGCACCUCCAGGAGAUGGUCAACAGCCAGGCCCACCAGCUGAAGGAAGUCGCCGAGGAGCGCACCGCACAGGCAACGGGUCUUGUCAAGCAAUAUGUCGAGGACUACAGUGCCAAGGCCCAGGGUCUCGUGCACCGUCGGUCUGCUUCGCGCUCUGUGACCCCCGAGGUGGCCAAGGUGGUCAGCCCCGUUGUCAAGGAAGAGACUGAGACUGAGCCCGUGAUUAAGACGACCGACUUCCCCGAAGCCCCAAAGGCUGAGCCUGUGGCCCCCGUCUCUGUUGCGCCCGUGGUGGAGUCGAUCGAGCAGCCUGCCCUCCAUGCUGAGGAGAAGGAGCCUCUCUUGGCUUAG